AUGGGGGCUGUGCUGGGCGUCUUCUCCCUCGCCAGCUGGGUUCCAUGCCUCUGCAGCGGUGCGUCAUGCUUACUCUGUGGUUGUUGCCCCAGCGCUAAGAAUUCUACUCUGACGCGCCUGGUCUACGCCUUCAUCCUCCUCCUGGGCACGAUCGUGUCCUGUAUCAUGCUGACGGAUGAGAUGGAAACGCAGCUCAAGAAGAUUCCUGGAUUCUGUAGAGGGGGAUUUAAAAUCAAGAUGCCCGAUAACAAGGACGAUUGCGAUGUGCUGGUCCGUUAUAAAGCUGUGUAUCGCAUCAACUUUGCCUUGGCCAUUUUUUUCUUUGCCUUCUUUCUGUUCAUGUUCAACGUGAAAACGAGUAAAGAUCCUAGAGCUGCAAUACACAAUGGGUUUUGGUUCUUCAAAAUCGCUGCAAUUAUUGGCAUCAUGGUUGGAUCUUUCUACAUUCCUGGGGGUCCUUUCACCACAGUCUGGUUUAUCAUUGGCGUGAUUGGGGCCUUCAUCUUCAUCCUUAUCCAGCUGGUGCUGUUGGUGGACAUGGCUCACUCUUUGAAUGAGACCUGGGUCAAUCGAAUGGAAGAAGGAAACCCAAGGUUCUGGUAUGCUGUUUUACUGUCUGUUACGAGCUUUUUUUAUAUCCUGUCCCUCAUCGUUGUCGUGAUAUUCUACAUAUACUUCACCAAGCCGGACGGCUGCACAGAAAAUAAGCUGUUCAUCAGCAUUAAUCUGAUACUGUGCAUUGCGGUUUCUAUCCUAUCAAUUCAUCCAAAAGUUCAGGAACACCAACCUCGUUCUGGCCUCCUGCAGUCUUCCAUCAUCACUAUCUACACCAUGUACCUCACCUGGUCAGCCAUGUCCAAUGAACCUGAUCGCUCCUGCAACCCGGACCUGCUGCACAUCAUUACGCGCAUCGCUGCACCCACUUUGGCUCCUGGGAAUUCCUCUGCUCCGGUGCCAACAGCUGCACCACCAGAAGAGAAUGGGCCUUUGCUGGAUAAAGAGAAUUUCAUUGGGCUGUUCAUCUUUGUUCUCUGCCUUUUAUAUUCAAGCAUUCGGAAUUCCACCAAUAGCCAGGUGAACAAGCUGACCUUGUCCGGGAGUGACAGCGUGAUCCUCAGUGACACAGCUGCGAACGGUGCCGGCGAUGAAGAGGACGGGCAGCUUCGGCGGGCCGUGGACAACGAGAAGGAGGGAGUGCAGUACAACUACUCCUUCUUCCACUUCAUGCUCUGCCUGGCCUCCUUGUACAUCAUGAUGACCCUGACGAGCUGGUACAGCCCUGAUGCGGAGUUCCAGAGCAUGACCAGAAAGUGGCCGGCUGUGUGGGUCAAGAUCUCCUCGAGCUGGGUCUGCCUCGCUCUCUACGUCUGGACCCUUGUGGCUCCGCUCAUCCUCACUGGUCGGGACUUCAGCUGA